AUGGACAUAAUAACAACAAACAACACAGGCGUAGAAUCCGGAACUCUUGAUUCCGCGGGUGCAAAUGUUGCAGCCUCGAUUGAAUAUAUAAAUAGAAAAUUCAAGGAGAAGAUGGUGCUCGUGACAUGUUGUGUCGACAAUGGCAUUCGGAAGAAGCGCACAGUUUGGAUGAAGCCAGAAAUUGCAACUCGCGCAUGCGUAAGCCUCUACCUGUGUAUCUUUGAGUCGGCGGCGGUUAACAGUCUGGGCGCACGGGAGAUCGAGCCUGAACCCACAGUCUCGAUCAUCAACCAUCGGACACUCGUAAAAUUUGCUCCCGCAAAUCGACAAACAUCGUUUGCAAUCAUAUCCUGCAUUGUCAUCUUCUUCCGGGCGGCGGCGAUGGUGUCGGAGGAUGAGGGGUCCCUGGGGUGCAGGGGAUGGCCCGGGAGUUGGGGAGGGAGAGAUUUGUCGGAGCAUUGA